CGUCGAAGAUGUAAACAAACAGAGGCAUCGCGGCCAUGACAGUUACAGAAGAGUUCGACCCACGGUUGACCGCUCGGUCCGCUGCCGUCGAAUAAACCGUGUUUUCAGAGAGAUGAGAGAUCCGAGUCUCAGCGACGUCUUUUCCAACAUGACCAUCAGAGGCGAGGUGAUCCUGAGCAGCCAGCUGGGCUCCGAGGACGAGCCCUUCGCAGAGUACCUGUGGAUGGAGCACGAGGAGGAGUUCAACAGACAGGUGGAGGAGGAGCUGUGGGAGGAGGAGUUCAUUGAGCGCUGCUUCCAGGAGAUGCUGGAGGAGGAGGAGCAGUGGGAGUGGUUCAUCCCGUCCAGGGACCUGCCGGCGCUGCAGCUUCUGGACGCAGACGUGCACGCAGACGCGGACUUCCUGCUCACGGUGAGCAGCAGUCUGAACCCCAACGCCAAGGAGUUCACCCCAGGGAGCCAGAAACACGUCAUGUGACCUGCCGGGCUCCGCCCCCCUCUCCCCAACGCCGCACUGUGACAUCAUCAACAAGAUGUCUGCCCUGUUCUCCCGCCGUCACUCGACCCCCAGUCGGCCGUGUUGCCAAAGUCCCGCGCUCGCCAAGUUCAGAGUUACUGAGUUACUGCACCACCUGUCUGCCUGCCCGUCUGUCUCUCUCUCCGUCUGUCUCUCUCUCCCUCUGUCUGUCUGUCUGUCCUCCGCCUGCUCGUCUGUCUCUUUCCUCCCCCCAUCUUUCUCUCUCUCUCUCUGUCUCCCACCCUCCCCAAGUCUCUCUGUGUCUGUCACUCUAAUCUGUCUGUGUCUAAACUGUCUGUCUCU